CUGUACGCGUACCACGCUGGUUCACCGCCGCCAUGUUGGCCUGUUCGCCUGUAGUGUUUUGCAAUAAAUUUGAAGGUACUCGUGAGUCGUGUGUUAAUAAUAAAGGGUGUUUGUUUUACAACGAUUUUAUUUUUUUCUCCAAUGCGCAAAAAGUAGGUGUAGAAACUUAAAAAAAAAAAAACAAUUUGCAUAGUGUAACAACAACUAUUGGUAUCAUAUCGGCCUACACAACAAACAAUAAAUUGUUUUUCUAGUGAAAUAUUUUCGUAUUCAAAACAUUUGUACAAACGAGAACACUUACAACGACAACAACAGCAGAAAACACAUAAACCAUUUCUUUUAAAAGCAAAUAAAUAUAUUUUCAAUUCAAACCUACGCGUCGAUAAAAUAUCUUUUUAUACUUCAUAGUGCGAAAAGACCGUUUGUGAGUAUCAAGAAGAGUAUUACCACAGGUCAAGUAUAUAUGUCCAAUACAGUGGAUGGAGCUUCUAUGGUGUAUAUAAAUCCAAAUCUGGAUCAGUUGACAGACAAGGAAUGGAAAACGAUAUUUAAUGAGUACGACAGCGAUCGUGAUGGUUUUAUCUCCUCAACAGAAUUACAGAAACUAGUUUUUGACAAGUUCAAAGGAUUCGUCACCGUUCACCAAGCAGAGUUAUAUAUAUAUUUAAUUAAUAAUAAAAAUAAUCCAAUGUGCUACGAAAAAUUCAAACAACAAAAUCCAAAAUUAUUAUCAAAAAGCAAGUUGAAAGAUAUGAAACCAAUAAUAUUUGUUUUGUCACAGAGACAUAGUGAAGAAGAGAUUGACAAGCUGCUUCCAAAUUACCAAAUUUUUAGAGAAGCUUUCGUAGAUAUAAUAUGGAAUUCUUUUAAUAAACUGUUCCAACACAAAGAAGAAAUUUUAGAAGUACUCAAAACUAUUGGCCAUAACGAAAGUUUACCAAUUGAAUCGACGGAGUACCGAAAAAUACUAAAAAUGUUGGCGGCUACGGCAAGGAUGGCAAAUAUAUACAAGAAUUUUCUUUCAACAAACGGCAAAGAAGAUUUUUUUGAAUAUUUAAGUAAAAGUCCACUGUUUGGAGAUCCAUCUGGUACUCUAAUAACUAAGGAAAAUACUACACUCAGCAAUAAAUUCAAGGCAUUAUUUAUUCGUUGAAACAUUUAACGUUUUUGAGUAUGUACUAAUAAUUUAUAAAGUUUUUAGUAAUUUUUUGUUUAUUGCAAGCUAAAAACAUAUUUAAAAAAUCUAAACUUGUUUCACAUAUUACAGUAUAUUUAUCUAAAUAAAAUUAAGGAAUUAACUAUUUACAA